CGCCAUAUUGGGGCCGGCCGCGGGUGGUAGAGUCGUACAGUGGAGGGGGAAGCGAUUGGACGGACGUGUUUGCUUGAGCUCCUGCCCCGCAGCCACCUCGCAAUCCCUCCCCAUCGACCACCGCUCGCUAGCUGCGGAGCGUACUCGGGCGUAUUAGGAGCCGCGUUCUAGCCUCACACUCCACGAGGCUGGUAUCGGCUUCCCAAGGGAGCCGGUCUCAGCGCAGGAGCGCCUCAGGCGCGGCGCAAAGCUCGAACGGACGGCGGGGGCGGCGGGAGCCUCUCCUGGGGGAGCGCGCCUGAGGAGGCGGAAGACCCCCCCCUUGACGCGGCUGGCGUGCGCUGCCGCCACUGCCCCUCCCGCUUUCGCCCGGGCCGGCCCCGGCCACUGCCCCUGCCGCGGAGGCAGCGGCGGCAGCUCUCCUUGUCUCAGCCGGCGCUCUGCGACCCUCUGGUUCCUGAGCCCGUCGGUCAGGCUCUCCUCAGUCCCCUCUCUUCCCCCUUCCCUUCCCCCACCGUCACCCUUCCCUGACCCCACCCGAGCCCGGAGCUUCGGCUGCUCCCGGCCAUGGCGUGUGGAGCCACUCUGAAAAGGACUCUGGAUUUCGACCCGCUGCUGAGCCCGGCGUCCCCGAAGCGGAGGCGAUGUGCGCCAUUGUCGGCGCCCACCUCAGCUGCUGCUUCCCCGUUGUCGGCGGCCGCGGCCACCGCCGCCUCCUUCUCGGCCGCGGCCGCCUCGCCGCAGAAGUAUCUCCGAAUGGAGCCGUCCCCCUUCGGCGACGUUUCCUCCCGCCUCACCACAGAACAAAUUCUGUACAACAUAAAGCAAGAGUAUAAACGCAUGCAGAAGAGAAGACAUUUAGAAACUAGUUUCCAACAGACAGAUCCAUGUUGUACUUCUGAUGCACAGCCACAUGCAUUUCUCCUCAGUGGACCAGCUUCACCAGGGACAUCAUCUGCAGCAUCUUCACCAUUAAAAAAAGAACAGCCCUUAUUUACCCUACGGCAGGUUGGGAUGAUCUGUGAACGUUUGUUGAAAGAACGUGAAGAGAAAGUUCGGGAAGAGUAUGAAGAAAUAUUGAACACAAAACUUGCAGAACAGUAUGAUGCAUUUGUGAAGUUCACACAUGAUCAGAUAAUGCGAAGAUAUGGUGAACAGCCUGCUAGUUAUGUUUCAUGAAUCAUAUUUUCUGCAUUUGUGGGCUGCCUUGUUCCUUGUUGUUGCAGGAGGUCCCAAUUACGACAUGCAGCAAUGCCAAUACUCCCCCUGUGAAUACAGGUUAUUUCAAGCUUUCAUCAGUGGCAACCAACCACUCUUAGGCAGCAGCAACUGGUUUUGGAAAUUUCCCUGAUGUCAGUACCACCUGGAUGUGGACCUUUGCUACCUGUGUUAAUAUCAGUGGCCUCAUUUUACUGUAUCAUUACAAUUUGGCUUCUUACGUUAAUAUUUGAAAAGGAUUAAAGCUGGCAUUCUAUAACAUGCCCUUCACUGGUUGUAUAAAUAAAACUGUAGAAUGACACUUCA